GAAUCCGGAAAGACCGCAGAGGUGGGCGAAUGAUGAAACAAAAACGUCAAAGAGAGGAGCAAGAUUCCAGGAACGGUGAGGCUUCUUCUACAGAGCUGCGAGCUCCCACACUUUGGACAAGUCCACUGGUGAUUAAACAUAACAAGAAGAACAGUCCAGCCCUGUCCCUGACGGCAGAACAGAUGGUCAGUGCCUUGCUGGAAGCUGAGCCACCCAUAGUAUAUUCCGAAUAUGACCCAAAUAGACCAUUCAAUGAAGCCUCUAUGAUGACCCUGUUGACCAACCUUGCAGACAGAGAAUUAGUGCACAUGAUCAACUGGGCAAAGAGAGUUCCAGGAUUUGUGGAUUUAACACUCCAUGAUCAGGUCCAUCUAUUGGAGUGUGCCUGGUUAGAGAUACUGAUGAUCGGCUUAGUCUGGCGUUCCAUGGAACACCCAGGAAAGCUUUUAUUUGCACCUAACCUAUUACUGGACAGGAAUCAAGGGAAAUGUGUAGAGGGCAUGGUGGAAAUCUUUGACAUGCUGCUGGCUACUGCUGCUCGGUUCCGCAUGAUGAACCUUCAAGGGGAGGAAUUUGUGUGCCUUAAGUCCAUCAUCCUACUCAACUCUGGUGUGUACACUUUUCUUUCCAGCACCUUGAAAUCUUUGGAAGAAAGAGACUAUAUUCACCGUGUUCUGGACAAAAUCACAGACACUCUGAUACACUUAAUGGCUAAGUCGGGUCUUUCUCUGCAGCAACAACACAGACGACUGGCUCAGCUCCUCCUCAUCCUCUCUCACAUCAGACACAUGAGCAACAAAGGAAUGGAGCACCUGUACAAUAUGAAGUGUAAAAACGUCGUUCCACUCUACGAUCUCUUGCUGGAGAUGCUGGACGCUCACCGACUGCAUGCCCCUGGAGCCAGGAGUGCUGCACCCGUGGAAGAGGAGAACCGGAGCCAGCUGACAACUGCAUCAGCUUCAUCUCAUUCCUUGCAGUCUUUUUAUAUAAACAGCAAAGAAGAGGAGAAUGCAGAAUACAAUAUAAACAAAAGCCAGCAUGUAUAA